AUGAUUCCUCGUGUCCUCCCGGGUCUGGUUUCCCGUCGUCUGUUCUCUGUUUCUGCUAGGAUGUCUUCAAUGACGCCGCUGGAGGAUGCGAUGCGCGACAAGAUCGCUCACACAUUCACGCCCUCGUCGCUCGUUAUUCGCAAUGACUCCCGCCUUCAUGCUCAUCAUGCUGCCAUGGAGGGUUCUACAUCAAAGGAAACACAUUUCCAUGUGACAAUUGUUUCCGAUGCCUUCGAGUCCAAGAUGCAGCCCGCGAGACACCGGAUGGUUUACGCUUUGUUCAAGGAAGAGAUGGCUCGGGAAGGAGGACUCCAUGCACUACAGCUGAAGACGCAGACCCCGGCCGAGGAACAGCGCGAGAAGGAGAGGAAACAGAAGGCAUGA